UCCCCCUCUGUAGAAAGUCCCCCAUUGCGACAUAUUGGUAGGAUCAUAGGCCGAUUUAAGGUAAUAUUUCACCUGCGUUUGCGUCAUUUUGCUUCAGUCGUUGACAGAUCGAAAGAUGAAUUGCAUUUAUCUACCAGAAAGAUAAUCAAGGUUAUAUUGUUUCAUCCGUUUUUAUCAUUCCUGUCCUUGUUCUGUCAAAAUAUCGGAAGGUCUCGUGGAUAUUUUUGUAAAUUCCGACUUUGACGUAGAACUGCUAGCAUGGCCGAUUACCAACGUGCUGAUGAAAAUGUGUCAUUGGACAUGUUGGAUGCGGGAAGCCCACAGACAGAUCGAAAUCAGAAUGACACUUCUCUCACGGACAGGAUUGUCAAAACUUUCAAAGAUGAAAUCACAGCAAGCACCAAGAACAACGCAUCGCAACUAUUCAUGACGAUCACAUCCGGGAUGUUUGUUGUCAUGACGACCCCCGAAGAUGGCGCCGUGUACUAUUUGUCCGUCAUUCUCAGUUCUCUCGUUUUUAUCAAUGUUAUUGUGCUGCUCAUCUUGAUUUUGGUCCGAAAAAGGCGUUUCAAGCCCAGAGAAGGACAAUGCUCAGUCGAAACAAUGAGGAAGGCACGCAAGCUCCAAAAGGUAUAUCACUGGCUCAGCAUCUCGCUGGUGGUAUUCCAGACCCUGUUCAUGAUCGUGACGGGGGUUAGUGUGAGUCGUGUCACCCAGGAAGGGGAUGGUCACAAUAUAACAACAACGGUCGCCAUGGCAACGACCAGCACGGUCAGCGAGUACGCCGUGAAUAACACGUUAACCCCAUAAAGCCUCGUUGCAACUUUUUUCCAUUUUCUUACACUUCUUUUACAUUAUAACUUUUGCAUAAUAUUAUGUUUCCGAAUGCCGCUCUGUGCUAUUAAAAGGGGUUUUGAAAGAUUUUUUUCUUUUUAUUCGAAUAUUUCUUUAUUAUCAUUAAUAAUAAUAAUAAUGAUAAUAAUAUGUCCAUUUAUGUAGCGCAGUUACUAUAUGUGCAUAUACUCAACUGCGCUUUGAUACUUGGUAUCAUAUUAUUAUUCAUAAAAAUUAUUCAUACCUUGAAGGAAAUACAUCCAUGUUCGGGCCGCAUAUUUAUUUUGUUUUAGGCAUUUUGGGGGUCAGUCAGUGACAUGCAUGCAGUGGUGAAUCCCAAGCUCAUAUAUAUUUUUUUUAUUUGUAUCAGUACUUGCACCACAAACACAAGAGGGCGCAGAGGCCCGUCCCACUGCCUUGGCCGAGUGUCCUUAUAGGCGCCUGACCCCACACUUGAAAUUCCAGGGGCCAGUUUCAUAAAGCCUUAUCACUGACGUAUCUUGCCAUUAUUAUAACUUCCAUAGAAACCUUGAUUGUGAUUGACAGCUGAACCCUGUUACCAUGGUGCUUGUCAUAAUAAUGGCAAAGUUACAAUAGUAGUAACUCUAAGAAACGUGCACCUGGGUUCGAUUCGCGGCGUGGCGCUUUAUGUCAUAGAGCAAGGCGUUUUAUCUGCGUACAUGAUAUACAUCGCUUUUUUUUUUCUUGAAUCAAAUGUAUGUAAAUAAUCUGGGCAGUACUGAUAUAAAUCAUUAAUGUGUGCAUGGGUUACCGAAAAAAUAGGAAAUAUGUUUGAAAAUGGGAGUAGAAAGGUGUGUUAAAAAAAGGCUGAUUACUUUUUUGGGGGGGAUUUUUUUUUCUGCUUGUCAAAAAAAAUGACCAGAUAGGCAAAAGUGACAUAUUUCUUCUUUUUUGUUUGCUGUUGUAUUUGUAGUUUUUAUUUUUGCUCCUCUUCUAAGAAGUCUAGGUUUCACCACCACAUGCAUGACGGUUCCUAUAAUUUGUGUGCUGUAAACAAAUUUAUUAUCUACCCUGUUAGUUAUCUCACUGUGGGGAUGGGGGCGUUACAAAAACAACAAUUUGCCGAUCACAGUAUUACAUUAAUUAUUACUAACCCCUCUAUUGAGACAUGUUAUCAUUAAUAUAACAGUUCAACUGUAUGCCUUUUUCGUCUGUCUGUGUCAUAAUGGUCGAUUCUAAUGACGGGGAGAUUGGGACGAUUUUAUGUUUUUUCACUACGACUUUUCGGUCUUUUUAUAUUUCCGUGCCGACUUUAACUUGUAUUUUGUUCUAGGACCCGCCUCAAUAUUCGUCAAAAAGGGAUAAAUUUUGUUGCCCAUGCUGGGCUUCGUACCCACAACCUUGCGCAAGGAUUAUCCCAUUGCGCCACGCUGAAGAGUUGCUCGCGUCGUUGUCAUUGUUUGUCGUCUUUGAAUUGAUGAACCCUGACCUGAAGCCAGGAAAAUGUAUCAGAAAAAUAAUUUAGCUGACGGGGGGGGGGGGGGCUGAACAUACUCUGACUCACUGCCUUCUGAUGUAUUCAUCUAUAAAGUACCCAUUUUACACUGUAAAAAAUGAAGUGCUAAUAUAGCACUUACAGUGCUUGUAUAGUGACUGCACUACGAUACGAGUGCUAAUUUUCUAGUUUAAAUUUGAACUAGAAAAUCAGCACUCGUAGUGCAGUCACAAUACAAGCACUGUAAGUGCUAUAUUAGCACUUCAUUUUUACAGUGUAGAUUACGUUGAUUUUAAAGUAAUCUUCAUCGGCUUUAAAUGAUGACCAUUCGAACACUAGAUGUAGAUUUCUUUUGGCUUUCUCAAGCCAAUAUAGGCUACGAAUUUUACUGAAAAUGCCAGAGCUGAAAAUUUGAUCGUCAAUAUUGAAAAUACAUUUUCAUGAAACAACCCCCUGCCCGAGGGUAUUAGGGCGAGAUAUGACAGCAAUCGUCUUUCAAGUUAUUUCUUCCAUGUAGGCCCAGGAUUAUUUGGACCAGGGACCGACAUAGUGCCUUUUUUAUAGUUAUGAGAUCGAUUGGUCACAUUUACUGACGCAUUUUUACAUAUAUUCUAGAAUAUAUAAUCUGUUGCAUGAUGAUUAGUGAACCGAAAAUAGAAAGAAAAGGAAUAACUUGUGAUAUUGAUAUUGUGUUUUUACAUAUCAGUAGUCUAUGUAUACAUUAUUUGCCCAUUUGCAGUGAAGUGGGAAAUGUAUUAUUCUUGUACAAAUAGGAGGGGAGAUGUGUGGGGUUGUGUGUGUGUUUAUGUAUUGUUAAAUUUAUGUACACUCUAAAAGAUAUUGGGUAAAAGUGCUCCAUGAGGAUAAAUAUGUGUCCAACCAACAUUGGGCAUUUCUUUUGGGCAUCUUUAUAGUGUGAUGAAAAUUUUGCCCAUUCUAAAGUAAUUGCUUAUUUGUCAACCUUACUGGACAAUACGCUUCCCGCAUUGGGUAAAAUACUGCCCAAAAUUGGUUCGACACAUAAUUACCCUCGUGGUGGUAAAAAUGUUAUCCAAUAUUUUUUACAGUGUACAAGUAUUUUUUAUCAGUAAGAGAUUUUUGUCCAGUAUACUGUCAUGUAUUAAUAAGCUGCUGAAUAUCAUAGCACAUUUUCUGCCAGAGCUAUUAAAAUCUAAUGUUUUUACAUCAUACUUUGUUGAACUGAAUAAAACAUAUAUAUUUAUACGGAUAUACCAUUUCAUAAUGUUGGGCUGAAAGGAAAAUAUUAAUGAAUUCUAAUGAAGCUCACAUUCCUGCCUUAAUUCCAUUCGCCAAUGUUUUUAAAAUAUAAAAUUUCAAGCUUUAAAUGAAACAUAUCUGUUCGUAUAUUCCUUCAUUAUAUUGCACUGAAAAUAUGCCUUAAAAGAUGAAUAUAUUUAUAAGUUUUCAUGUAGCCCAUAUUCGUGCAUUAUUGAUUUAUAGGCUUAUUCAUUUCUACACUUAAUGGAGCAUAUCUGUUUGUAUAUACCAUUUCACAAUAUUGCACUAAAAAUACAAUGCAUUGAAAAGUAAUUGAUUCAUGAAUUUCUAUGGAGCUCACAUUCCUGCGGCCUUAAAUUGACUGGCCAGUAUUUUUAAAUCAAAUAUUUUUAAACUCAAACGAAACUUUCCUGGGCGCAUUCCUUUUACACUGAAAGUAAUGUAUUAGUGAAUUUUCCAUAGCUCACAUUCCUGCCUUUAUUAAUUUCGUUCCCCAAUAUUUCUAUAAAAAAUAUACAUUUUUAAACUUAAAUGAAACAUCUCUGUUCUUAUAGGCUUCAUAAUGUACUGUUACUUUAAUAUACUUUUAAACAUGUAAUGUUAUAUUUUAAUGAAUUUCGAUGCAGCUCUCAUUCCUGCCUUUAUUCAUUCCAUUCACCAAUAUUUUCAAGUUUUUUAUUUCUAAACUGAAAAUUAUAUUUUCAUAUCACGAUUUUGGACUACAACUACUUUCAUGUAGCUCACAUUCUCGGUUUAGUUAAUUUUACUCCAAAAUAUCUAUACACUCUGCAUUAUGGGUGCAAUUGAAAGCUUUGAUGUUGUUGCUUUUGUUUGUUUGUUUGUCAUGUGUAUCUCAAAGUAUCGCAAAGUGAUAUUCUUCCUUUAGGUUCCUGAAAGGGUUCAUGAAAAGUUUUUAACCUUUAAGUUUUUUCUGGACGUGAGCAGAACGUCCAUGGAGCGUAACUAUAUACCAACCAAUGUUAUCAACAGGUUUUCUGCAGUCAGGAACGUUAAAAAUGGUUUUUAAUUACUGGUUCCGUAAACGUUAAAAAACUGUUUAAUUAACGUUUAUUAAAACGCAUUAAUACGUCGAAAACCUUUCACAGACGGACAUUCUUGAAAUGUUUGAGAUUUGAGUUUUGAGUUUUAUUCAUUUCCGCUCACAAAAUACAAGAAAAGACAAAGUAAAUAACAAAGCUAUUAAUAGAACGGAGGUCUUACCAAUGAACUUGUUUGGGAGGUAAGCUAGCCCCUAGCCCAUGUAAUCUAUUUUCAAAAUGUGUUGACAAAACGUCCACAUUUUCAGAAAACGUCAAAUUGUUAGUUCGGAUACUAAUUCGCAUCUAAGAAUCUACCAGAAUUUUGAUGGAUAUUGGCUAUUUUUAUCGGUGGAGGUCGGACGCGUAUUCACCAGUAAAUCUGUCACUUUGACCAUCCUUUUUAUGAGUGUAAGUGCGUUAUUGAUUAUAUUAACUUUUGUACACUUUUUAUAUUAUCCUAUUAACAAAAUUAAAACUUGUUUUGUCAAAGGCC